ACAUCUAGAUCCAGUACAUAAAAUCCGAUGUUAACGAACAUUCCAUUCGGGGGCAACACUGUCACAGGGAAAAUCACUUCCUGUUAGUUGGUGUUCUAUUGACAUUCAAAAUUGGAAGAUGUCAACCACUUUUUCAGAAGUGUGUCUACUAAUUCACCCACCACAAGCAACUGACAAGUCAAGGGCACUGUGACAUGGGUUAACCUAAAACACCUUCCUUAUUGUCCAAUUAAGUGGCAACGAAGAUUGAAUUUCUCACACAUCUGCCGGUAAUGACAGCUAUACUGACCGCGGUACACAGUUCCCUACAAAGAAUGGGCAGGAACGACCUUGGAGACUCACAAAGUGUCAUUUUACACAGCAAGACAACAAACGAAUCUCACAAUGGGAUUCCAACGACACCGAGUCAUUUGACAAGCACGUCUGCCACUGCUAAACUCAGCAGCCCCCUGGCACUCAAAGAAAAUAAAAGGAAGAUGAAAUUGCACACUCGUCCACUUCAACAAACCUCAUUCACCUCGGCUCUGUAAAGGCUGCAGUUGUGUGACAGCAGGAAGGAAGGAAGCCGAACGUGAUGUGUGUUUCCACUGUUGCCUUGACUGUCUCUUCAUAAGAAUCUGUCUCUCUCAGGGUGACCACUCAUAAGCACAACGCUGCACCGAGGUAAGACCCUCGUCUUCAUCUGACUGUUUCACUUUCUGGGGGAGAUGCUGUUUUAGGAGGACACGGUUCACGCAGCUGGUAACUGUUCUUCAUGAGCGAAGUGUACAUCAGUCAUCGGACUUUGAGAAGAGGAUCCCUGCAACUAUAGGUCAAAGUUUACGCUCCCUGUCUGUCACUCUUUAGAUGGGUGCAACACUAUGGAGGGGCUAGAGAGCAGCGCGUAAGAGGUGGGACGGGUCACCGGAGCGGAAACAUUGAGGACCAAUCCAUAUUGAGGUCUGUGAUGCGAAGCGGAGAGAGCUUCUGUGAAUAUCGUGACGGAAGAGGGGAUGUCUUUGACUGUGCAGCGAAAUGAACAUGACCUUCAUUCUGCCCUCAAUCUGGUAACAAGUGAAGACUUUGUCCAGCUUGCAGAAGCAUCCGGUACCCAAUAGAAAGAAACAGAAGGUGGAAGAAAGGGAGGAGAGAGAAAAGGAGAGACUAGAGAGGUAGAGUGGGGAAGAGAGAAGAAGAAAAAGAAGAAGAGUGCAGAGUGGAAGUGAGAGAGAGAAAGAGACCCAUUUUUCGAGAUGGAUCUGAGUCUGCUCAAGGCUCUGGAACGAGAGAAGGUUCUAGAGGUUCUUCAGAGGGACAAACUUCUGCGCAGCACGGAGGAGGACAGGAUCAGGAGGCUGAAGAUGGAACUACAGGACAUCCGGAGGAAAGGUGCAAAGAGUUUUGCCCGGCAAUACAGCGAGAGGACGUGCGCCCGUUGUCAGAGGCCACUGGGCAAGUUCUGGAACUCGGGCGCUGUGUGCCGAGGCUGCAGUCACCGCAUCUGCAACAAGUGCCGCGUGGGCGUGUCCGCGCUGGACUGGAAGUGCACCGUCUGCCACGCCUACAGAGAGGUGAAGUUCAGGUCUGGGGAGUGGUUUGUGGAAGAGAGGGCCAAGAAAUUUCCACCUGAUGCAGAUAUGCAUGAGACUAUUGGGGAGAAACUACUUAAGUCCUACGAGAGGUUGAGUCAUAUAGCAGUCGUGCCGCCAACCCCUCCACCCUAUUACGAUGGUCUAUCCGUUAGCAGAUCAGGGGGACUGAAUAACUCCAUGAAAAAACCCUUCACCAAGUCUAUGGAGGAUCUGAUGGUUUCCCUCACCAGCCACAUGAGAAGGUUCUCCAGAUCACAGGAGGAUGUGCGAGUGGAACAGGAUUUGCUUACAGUGUACAACAGCCGGGGACAGAGUGCUGGCCAGAAAAGCCUCUCUGACACGAACAUCAACAAAUCCACCAAUCUAACCAAAGGCCCCAGUCUUCCCAACCUGUUCAGGAAGAGCCGGAAUGAUGACCAAAGCGGUUCCUCAUCGGGGGCUGAUGAGGACAUUUCCCUCGGCUCAGAGUACUUAGAGGGAAAGAGGGGUAGUAGUGCUAGUAGCACUGGUACAGACUGGGAUCUCUUGGAGAUCGGCAGUGUGAUGGGAGAGCUAGAGCUCGCCAUUGCCUUCAACGACAGCACUUCCUGUCUGGAGAUCACAAUCAACGGCUGCAGAAACUUGGCCCACGGAGAUGUCAAGAGGAAGAAGUGUCAUCCGUAUGUAAAAGUUUAUCUACUGCCGGAGAAGUCUCCGAGCAGCAAACUGAAGACGACUGUCAUGAGGAACACGACGGAUCCCAUUUAUAAUGAAGUUUUACAGUGCCAGAUGGAGCGCCCCCUGUUGUCCAGGAGUACUCUGCAGGUGUCUGUGUGGCACUCUGGGACUCUGAAGAAGGUGUUUCUGGGAGAGGUUCUCAUCCCUCUGGAGGGGUGGAUGUUUGAGGAGAGCACCACCCAGGGCUCCAGCUGGUACCCCCUGUGUCCCAAGCCCGAGAGCCCAGAAAGGAGUAGAGUAGAGCAGGAUACAGCAGGAGAACUCCUGGUCAGAGUGAAGUUCAGCUCCAUGUCCCAGCCGUCCUGGGUUUGCCACACGGAUGAGGUUCACAUUGGACCACAUGACGUUGGCCAACUGACUGUUCUCGUCACUGGUGUCAAAAACCUACCCACUAAAGCAACCACCUGUCAGAACACCUAUGUUAAAGGGUGCUUGACUCUCCCCGGUGCCAGGGAGCUGGUCCAGAGGACCCCUGUCCUGAAGAAGAAGCCCAGUCCAGAGUGGUCUUACCAGCUGCUCUUCAGCAGGGUCACACCUUACGACCUCCAGAUCUGCACUCUGGAGCUGGACCUCUGGAACCAUAUCCCCUUCACCUUCUCAGACCGUCUCCUGGGCUGGGUUAGAAUGGAAGCUGGGUCAUCAUGGCAACUGGUGCUGCAGAGGCCCAACAUGUGGCAUGACUUCAGUUUACCCAUGCAAGCCAAUGUCAACAGCAGGAGAACAUGAUGUCAACAGAAAAGCCUGUCGCCCCAUAUGAACAGUCUCAGUACUUUAACGCUACCUUUAACUCCAUUUGCACUGACUACCAGGCCUUCGCUUUGUGAAAGUCCCUCCCGUUAGAUAUUUAUGUACCAUUUUGAUGACGUAUGUAUUAAAGGGGUGUUCCACUCAAAAUGAAACCUAUUGUUAUUAUAUUUCUAUGUUUAUUGUAUUUGAUUGGAAUAUGCCUUGUGCUUUAAGCAUGCUCACCUCAUUUCUGUAAUGCGUCAUUGUGAGGUGACUGUACUUCCCUUAUCUUCUUGUCCUUUCUGUUUAUGAGUUUGUGAUAAUAAAAAGGAACAUUUGCCUCAAAAAAAAAUCAGAAAGUGACAUCACAGUACGACG